UUGAUACCUCUUAUAUUAUUUUGCUCUUUUUAUUGUCGCAAUUUAAAUUUCAUUAAUCAAAAGAAGGUAUUUUUUGUGCCCUGAUAUUUGAAUCUCGUAAACUGUGAAUCGCAUUAAAUAGUGAUCAAGAACAAGGAAUAAAAAGGCUACAAUUUGGGAUUCGUACUACCUUUACUUUUAACUUUUACGAAGCGGCUUAUUAUUAAAGGUACCUUUGCCAAAAUUUUCUACAAGAGAUAAUGGCAAUGCAGUGUCAACUAUGGAUGGGCAGUUUAGAGCCGAAUAUGACGGAAAGUUUUAUAAUGGCAGCCUUUCAUAGGAUGGGACAAAGACCAUUAGCAGUCAAAGUAAUGAGAAAUAAGUUUAGUGGUGAACCUGCUGGUUAUGCGUUUGUGCACUUUCAGACAGAUGAAGAAGCAAUUGAUGCAAUGCACAAGCUUAAUGGUAAACCAAUCCCAGGUACAUUUCCAGUUGUAAGAUUUCGGUUAAAUACCGCAUCUAGAGAAGCACGAUCAAAUCUGCAGCAAGAAAGAGAGUUCUCUGUUUGGGUUGGCGAUCUAAGUCCCGAUGUUGAUGAUUAUUCUUUGUACAGAGUGUUUGCAUCUAAGUACUCAUCAAUUAAAACCGCUAAAGUAAUUUUGGAUGGAACAGGAUAUACAAAAGGCUAUGGUUUCGUUAGAUUUGGUAAUGAGGAGGAACAACGGAAUGCAUUGUACGCAAUGAAUGGUUACACAGGACUCGGCUCUAAACCUCUCAAGAUAUGCACAGCUGUGCCCAAACCCAAAGGAGUAACAAAUACGCAGAAUUCAACAACAACUGUGGCAUCAAAUAAUAGUUAUAAUGGUGGAUCACAGGAAUAUAGUCAAUAUUACGAUCCGUCAGCCUAUUGGCAGAAUUACUCUGCAUGGUCGGGUUACUAUGGGCAAAGUGAGCAGAGCACCGCAGCGGUUGCCACGCCUGUCGCUGAGCCGGUGCAAGCCGUUGUCAAGGCGCAAAACGAUGAAUUGGCGUUAGUUGAGCACAAAAAGGCCGUAGAUAUAGAUCAGAUGAACCAAGAAUUUGUAGAUCCAGAAUUAUCUCUAUGGGAUGCAUUGGAAUCAUCGCAGUGGUUCCCAAAUGAAGUGAUUGAAGCACAUUAGUUCAUAUAAGAAUUAAAAUAAACAUAGUUAUAUCUUUUUA